UGUGAGCCAGCGCAGCUAUUGGCUGGAGGUCUGUGCGCUCUGACGAUGGAGAGCUGCAAUAACCAGCUCACACACUGACUCCACACAGCAAACUGAAGGGACCAUGUCGCAGUUCACUCUGGGAGUUCACCUGCAGAUCCUGCUGGCUGUGGGUCUGGCUGUGUUCUGCUAUUGUCUGGUUCUUGGUUGCAUCCUUUGUUGUCGUAGAAAGAAGAGCAUUUCAUCGGAUGACAAGGAAGCAGUUUUCUUGUCUCCUCAUCCUGCUGAGAGAGUUGCCGUGACACUGACUCCAUCUCUGUGCACGCAGCCUGUCAAGCAGCAGUAUGAGGAAUUGGAUGGGGAUGUGUUGGACUUUCCUUCCUCUAAAAGCAGCUCUUCUCCCUCUGAGGAUGAUCUCACUGCUCUGCCCUUCGACCGCAGCCCCACCAGGUCUGCUGAGCUGGUUCAGUCUCGGUCUUCUUUCCCAAUGCGGCGCCUCAGCACUCCAGCUGCUCCCUGCUCACCCAACAAACCUCAAAGUCAUGGCAGGGCCUCUUUGCCGUCCAUCACUAAGUUGAGUUUUGUGUCUAAAUCCCGUCGGGCGAUGGGUCGGCGCAGCACUGUGAGUGGAGAAAGUUUCGUCUACAGUGAGAGCAGCUGUUUGACUGCUGCUGCCGCCAGAUCUCCUGUCCAGCAAGGGGAGGCCAGUCUGUCACAGUAUGGCUCCAACUCUGUCUCCAUCCUCUCCAAGUCAGCUCCUGUCCUGCACUUCUCCCUGCUCUUCUCCUCUGCCUGUGGCAAUCUGGUGGUCAACAUCCUGGGUCUGUUGGGGGCCAGUCGAAGGCGUAGUGGGAUGUUUGUUCGAGCCAGCCUUCCUCCACUCUGUCCCUCUCCUCAGCAGAUAGCCUCACGGCGGCGCAGCCUCAGUCCAGAGCUCCACAGCCAGAGCUUUGUGCUGCAGGUGGGAACUGUGGAAGAGCUGCGGACCUGCACUUUGAGACUGGCUGUCUACAGCAGGGACUUCUCUGGCCUCAGAGAGGCUGCGCUGGGGGUGCUGGAGCUGCCCUGUGAGCAGAUGGACUGGGAGCCUGACACCACUGCGACCUACACCAGGCAGCUCAACCCAACAAAAAGCAAGCUGAAAAAGAGUGUGAGUUCUCAGGAGACGCUGGGUCGCAGGAAGAGCUCGGUGUGUGUGCCGCGGGCGUUGGGACAGCUGUUCAUCCUGCUGCAGUACCAGACGUUGGCCCAGCGCAUCAAGGUGAUGGUCCGAAAGGCUGAGAAUCUGGCCAAGCUCACACGAAUCCCAGGAGCUCCAGAGCAUUAUGUUGUCAUUAACUUGCGUCAGGAUGGAAAAGUUAUUGGUACUAAGGAGACCAAAGGGGCCAGCGGUGCAAACCCCAUCUGGAACGCUCCUUUCCUGUUUGACCUGCCUCCUGGUGACAUCACUCAGCUGCCAUUGGUCCUUGAAUUCAUCAUUAUGCAGGGUCGUCUCUACACUAAGAGCAGUAUUCUGGGCCGAGUGCUGAUUGGCAGCGACGCUUCAGAGGCGGGACAGGGACACUGGAAGGAAAUGUGCAGUCGAGGCCAAAUGGAAACUGCUCGCUGGCACACCAUCCAAUCAGAUUUGCUGUAGGACCUGCUGAUAGACUGUGGGAACAUGUUGCUGUCUCUCUGCUAUUUUAGUUUGAAGGAUUUUUUUUUUUUUUUUACAGAUAUGACAACUUGACGGUUCUUCAUGUAACUUAUCAACAGACAUUGACGAUGAAUUGAAUAACUGGUGAUGCUGGCUGAUGAUCCAGAUGAUCCAUAGGCUGCUUUCCACUGCAGGAGCUCAGGGCAGGUAUGAGGUGGUGUGAACGUUUACAGGAUCAGUCCCAUAAUUGGCCUUUUCAUGAUCCUCUUGUUUUCUUCAAGUAUAAACAAUCAGCAUCAAGACCCACACAGCAGUUUUUCAGGGCUGCUCAGUAGUACCAACCCUGAAGUAGGCAUUUGUUUCACCCAAAACCCUAAAGAUGGGAAGUUCCUGCAUUCAAAACCUCUGAUAAAAAGUUUGUGCUGCCAUUAAACAGUCCACAAGUUCCUGCAGUGGACAAACAGCCUCAUGUGUACCUACCAGAGGCCUACAGAGGGAGAAGCAUUGAUCGUUGUAUGGUGUCAGGUGUAAGGAGGGAUGUGUAGCAGUUUUCUCCAUAUUAACAGUAUCCCCACAUUGCCUUUGUGAUUAUUUCCACUGUGACUUCUUGAACUGUAGUCUGUAAAACUUUACCAUUCUGGAUGUACUGUAUGAAACCUGUGCUGAUGUUGUAUUGUUUGUAUCGUGCCCAGAGACUACAAAUGUUGAUAGUGACUAGAACACAAAUUUGAAGCAUAUACAGUAUGUCACCACUGCUUGUGGUUUUCUGUGGUUUAUAACUGUGCCACUAUUUGUCCGUUAACACUGAAUGCCAUUCCAUACUAAUAUCUUGCUUUCAGGAUGAGUCUGUUAGAGUGGAUUCACUAUAUGUGGCACAGCUGCUGAACUAUUGUUUUAUUUUGUACAUUCACAAGCCAUAUUGCAAUUAACAUGUGGGGGCGUUGUGAUUCACAGUCACUACGGCUAGACAGCAGUGAUAUAUUGCAGGCAGCCUAAUGAUGCACGACAAGUGCAUCAUUUUAAAAAAUCUGUAGUGGUAUAAUGCAGAGCAGGUGAUAAUGAGAACUGUUUGUUUUUCUGAACCUUACAUUUUGUCUCUUGUGUUGCUGUGUAAAGUGAAUCACUGUGACUGCACACAAUGCAGUUCUCAUCCACUGUGGCUCUGUUGCUGUUGAACAUAACUAGCAGUUGUUAAGAUGAUGCUGAACACAGAUUUAACACCACAGUGCCAGGCAUGAAAGAAUUAUCUGUAUAUCCUUUUUUAAAAUCGCAAUCUCAUUUCAAAAUGAGUUAUAUUUGAAAAAAUUGACAUCUCCCCCAACAGAAGUACGUGUGAGUAUAACAAAUAUUUACAUUUAUUUCAUGUAUAUAAUAAUGAAAAUGUUAUUAACACUAACAUGUAAUGUUUAUUUUUUUGGAGUUCAGGCAACGUAUUGCUGUGUUGUGUUUGUAGAGUUUGUUAUUUAUGGUACACUGUCCAUGUCAGCUGGUGGCAUUUAUUGUCUCAACUGUAUAUGAAUGUCUUUACUUCUAAAAGGGAACAGUUUCAGCGAAUUUAAAAUAAGCCAAACAGAAAUUUUGCCAAACAAAUGUAGAUGGCUUUGAAUUGAACAAAGUCCAAAAUCAACAAAGUGAAGAAUAAAAGGUAUCAAACAGGGAAUCCAGUUCAUGAUGAUGUAUUCAAGGACAGCCUGACUCCAUAGAUUUGAGAAUCAGCUGUUGGGAUGGAUUGCAUUCACUGGCCCAUUUGCUGGAAGACAUUUUGUCACAGCAGGAAAAGCACAGGUGUAAAUAAUAAAAUGGAUGCAGGUUGAUUUCUACUCUGCUGUGACACUUUCAGGGGUCUGGCGGUUGUGUAUACUGGAUCACUGUAUGGCUUACUGGGACCACUGGGACAGAGCUGGUUAAGUUAUUAGAAACAUGCUUUCCCAACCUUCACAGGUCCAAAGGUCUGCUGUGAAUUGGCCUGUUGGUUUUGAAUUCAAGUGCAUUCAGACGAUAUUUUUGUUUUACUGUGUUUUCUUUUGUAAAAACAUCACUGGGACAUCUCACCAAAACAAUGAUUAAAUUUAUGCUUGUGAAAAGAUUA